UUUAUAAAGGCGAGGCCGUGGCCGACGCGCGCUCUCGCUACUGUCCCGGCGGCGCUAACUGGACAGCCCACCUCUGCUGUCUGCUCAUCGCUGACGUCCGACAUGCUAAGCUGCGCUCUGCUGUGCCUGGCCCUGGCCUCGGUGGCCCGGGUGGGCGCCGACGCUCCCGAGGAGGAGGACCACGUCCUCGUGCUCAAGAAGAGCAACUUCGCAGAGGCGCUGGCGGCGCACAAGUACCUGCUGGUGGAGUUUUAUGCUCCUUGGUGUGGCCACUGCAAAGCGUUGGCCCCGGAGUAUGCCAAAGCAGCUGGGAAACUGAAGGCAGAAGGUUCCGAGAUUCGGCUGGCAAAGGUGGAUGCCACUGAAGAGUCUGAUCUGGCCCAGCAGUAUGGCGUCCGUGGCUACCCCACUAUCAAGUUCUUCAAGAAUGGAGAUACUGCCUCUCCCAAGGAGUAUACAGCUGGCAGAGAAGCUGAUGACAUUGUGAACUGGCUGAAGAAGCGCACUGGCCCCGCUGCCACCACCCUGUCGGAUGGUGCAGCUGCAGAAUCCCUGGUGGAGUCCAGCGAGGUUGCUGUCAUUGGCUUUUUCAAGGACGUGGAGUCACACUUUGCCAAGGAGUUCUUGCUGGUAGCAGAGGCCAUUGAUGACAUACCUUUUGGGAUCACAUCCAACAGUAAUGUGUUCUCCAAAUACCAGCUUGACAAAGAUGGGGUGGUCCUCUUUAAGAAGUUUGAUGAAGGCCGGAACAACUUUGAGGGGGAGGUCACCAAAGAGAAAUUGCUGGAAUUCAUCAAGCACAACCAGCUACCCCUGGUCAUUGAGUUCACCGAGCAGACAGCCCCAAAGAUUUUUGGAGGUGAAAUCAAGACUCAUAUCCUGCUCUUCCUGCCCAAGAGUGUGUCUGACUAUGACAGCAAACUAAGCAACUUCAAGAAAGCAGCAGAGGGCUUCAAGGGCAAAAUCCUGUUUAUCUUCAUCGACAGCGACCAUGCUGACAACCAACGUAUCCUCGAGUUUUUCGGGCUAAAGAAAGAGGAGUGCCCAGCUGUGCGGCUCAUCACCCUGGAGGAGGAGAUGACCAAGUACAAACCUGCAUCAGAGGAGCUGACAGCUGAGAAGAUCACAGAGUUUUGCCAGCACUUCCUGGAAGGCAAGAUCAAGCCCCACCUCAUGAGCCAAGAGUUGCCUGAAGACUGGGAUAAGCAGCCCGUCAAAGUGCUAGUGGGGAAGAACUUCGAAGAGGUUGCUUUUGAUGAGAAAAAGAAUGUCUUUGUGGAAUUCUAUGCGCCGUGGUGUGGUCACUGCAAGCAGCUGGCCCCCAUCUGGGAUAAGCUAGGAGAGACCUACAAGGACCACGAGAACAUUGUCAUCGCCAAGAUGGACUCAACAGCCAACGAAGUGGAGGCCGUCAAAGUGCACAGCUUCCCUACCCUGAAGUUCUUCCCCGCCAGUGCAGACAAAACGGUCAUUGAUUAUAAUGGAGAGCGGACGCUAGAAGGUUUUAAGAAGUUCUUGGAGAGCGGUGGCCAGGAGGGAGCAGGAGAUGACGAUGACCUGGACCUGGAAGAAGCUGAAGAGCCAGACAUGGAGGAAGAUGAUGAUCAGAAAGCUGUGAAAGAUGAACUGUAAAUGGGAAUGGACCGGGGCAGCAGCCCGACACCUCAGCCAACCUCACCUGAGGAGGGCGCCACUGGAGAGCCGGGGAGCCCUCCCGCAGCCACUCGCGUCCUAACACAUGGAAACUCAGACCCGUCUCUUCCUUUUAUUUUUCAAUUUUUGGAAAGGGAUUUAUCUCCGAGCCAGUCCAUCUUGCUGGGCUACUUUUUUAAAAUUGUGAUGUACUUUUUUGUACAUGGUUUUUGUCCCGAGUGCUUGCUAAAAUGUUUGGGAUCUCACACUGGUAAUGUCUCUUUCCUAUUAGAGAGAUUUAUACUAUCCCUUUAAAACGAUUUCAUCCGUGGAGCUUUGAGAUAGUUUUCAAUGUCAGGGUAUUUGUUCUGCCUUGGCCAGGCCUCCCUGGAGUCUCCCACCUUCUGUUAGGAGGGGUGGAUCCAGGCUGGACACAGCCCACUCCCCAUUCACCUCAUGCCAGUGUGGCCAGGAUGAGCAUGGCUCUUGCAUUUUUUUGUUAAACAGAGACUUCAGAUACAGUCAGGUUAGCUCCUGUGUUUGGAGAAGGGGACCGUGGUAGCUACUAGGAGGCCAGGACAGGGCCCUGGGCUGCUCCCUCCUCCCUGCCUUGAAUUUGGGCCUGUCAUCCCACCCACUGUCCUGCCUGUCAUGGGGCACACAGCCCUGUUGUCUCCUGGAUCCUCCAAUACAGCCAAGUAUGCAUCGGGGACCAGGACCUUGAUUCUCAGGCUAGGAGACAGCCAAGGUUGUGGGUGCUGGAUCAGAUGUUGACCAUUAGGCAUUUAUACCACAACCUUGGAAUUGAACACAUUGGCCAAAUAAAACUGAAAUUUUACUAUC